AUGGUCUGCCCGCUGGACCUCGCUCUCACCGGAACCGCGUGGGCUCGCUUUCUGAACGAGCUGCUCACGUGCGGGCUCCUCGACGCGGCCCCCUUCUCCUCUUCGGCUGCACUACAGCUGGCGAUCGACCGCCUCGAUGUGUCGCCAGCGGCGCUGGAGGUGAAGGAGCCCGAUCUCCUCCCGGUGGGGGGCCUCGCCGCCGCGGCCGCGCUGGCGGGGGAUGCUGCUCAUGCGCAGCGCGGGGCGCCUCGCCGAGCCAGCGCCGCGGCGUCUGCGGCGAGGCCGGCGGCGGCUGCGCGCGCGGCCCUCGCGCCAUGCCUCGCCCCGCUGGCCUGCACCCCGCUCUCCACCCUAGAGGUCGAGGGGGACGCGCCGUGGACCGUGAUCGCCUACCUCUCCGGCAUGCUCGGCCCCUGCCUUGGGCAGACCGAGCGCGAUCGCGCGGGGUCGCAGGUGCAGCUCGGCGCCCACCUUCUCGCCAGCGGCUGCAUCUCCGCGUACGGCCUCCCCCCGAGUGCUAACCCGCAACUACUGGCGAGCUAUUUUAAGGACUACGUGCUCGCGCUGGAGGGCGCGCUGCCCCCUUCGCUCUGCGCCCCCAACGCUGCGGGGCCGCAGUGGCUGGAGGAGGCGCGCGAUGCGGCGACCUACUUGCGCGACGACGCUGGCCGCCGCAGCGUCGAGGAUAAGCGCCUCUACCUGCUCGCCCCCGGCGCCCCGCUCCUGUUCUCAGUCCUCGGCGACGUCCGGCGGGGGGGGGAAGCGCGCGACCUCGUGUUCGCCCUCGCCACCGCGCUCCUGCCGGACGCGCGCAUGAGUGAGCCGUCGGCAACCAUGGCACGCUGGCUUCGCUUCGCUAACACGCUGGGGGCGCUCGAGCUCCUCGCCGCCGACGUCUGCGCCGCGGCGGCAGCGCGCCCGCAUUGCCUGGCGCCCGACGAUUUGGCCCGCCAGUUCAUCCUGCUCUGUCGCGGGCGCUUCACCUCUUCGUCGACCGCGCUCGCUCGCCGGCCAGUCCCUGGCGCGGUCGCUACCGCCGACGGCGGCUCGGCGAGCGGCGCUGGCGCGCGCCUCGCUCGGGCUCGUUCGCGCCGCGGCGGCAGCGCGCCCGCAUUUUGCCUGGCGCCCGACGAUUUGUCCUGA